UAUGCAGUACUGUACUGUAUGUCUUUGUGUCACACAAAAUAAUCACUGUCCAAAAGAGCAAAGCGUCUUAAGGCAACAACAGAGCAAGGAGGUGAGAGGAAUAGGAGAUAAUGGAUGAAUAAAUAAACGCAGCUCUGGCAUGUGCAAGUGCAAGCGAGCAUUCAUAAAAGAGGCAGUGAUGUCAUCACACAGAGCAAGGGGAGUGGGGGGGCUCGUGCUUAGCCUGCUGCCCGCCCCCUCGCUCGCUUUCAGAGCGCACACUCUCACACACACGCUCAGAGUUACAGCAAGCUCUCCAGACCAGAACACCAGCACAUCCAAACACAGAGGCUUGCGUGCGUUCAGACACGCUCCGCACACACUCUCUGUCAGGGGCCGGACAUCUCUUAACGCUGAGUGAGCCCAGCAUGCCCUCCAGAAGCGUGGACUGUAAUAUCUCCACCUUCAUCGCCUGCGCGGUGGACAUGGAAGUGUUCACCAGUCAGGAGGUCAAGGAAAUGUUUGAAGCGCUUUUUAUUGCGUACGAUGAAGGUGUGACGUUCCAGCAGUUUAAGAGCUUCCGACGUGUACGAAUCAACUUCAGUAACCCCAAAGCAGCUGCCAGCGCCAGGAUAGAACUGCACGAGACGCCUUUCAGAGGGAAAAAACUCAAACUAUAUUUUGCCCAGGUGCAGAACCCAACGUCCGAUGGAGACAAUUUGCACCUGGCUCCUCCCCAGCCUUCGAAACAGUUCCUCAUCUCCCCUCCUGGCUCACCUCCAGUCGGCUGGCAACAGAUUGAUGAAGCAACACCGGUUAUUAACUACGACCUGCUCUACGCCGUUGCCAAACUCGGCCCCGGUGAGAAGUUUGAGCUUCAUGCAGGCACGGAGUCUACGCCCAGCGUGGUGGUCCACGUCUGCGACAGUGACGCAGAAGAAGAGGAGGAACCAAAGACCAACCCUAAACCAAAAAUCAUCCAGACCCGACGUCCAGACCUGCCCGUCUCGCACUGAACUCUACAGUUCCCACACGGGAGGAUCUGUACCCUCCCCAUUCCCUUCACAGGACCUCUGCCAUCCCCCUUCAGGACCAGGGUCUGAGGGACUCCGAAUCCGUGUUCCUCGUUCAGCACACACAAGUGUACAAUCUUCAAUGUGUGUCACACUAUUUUUUUAUGUUGUCAAUACUCUGUACCCGUUUCUCAAUCUUACUCCGUCGUAAUAUCAUUCAUCCUCUCACCAGUUAGAGGCAGCAUGUACCCAUUCCUGCUCUCACCUACGUUUCGAUUGGCUCCUGGGCUGUGGCACGUGAUGGUGUCAGAUAUGCCUAUUGGCUGAUAGCUGGCCAUUUGGUUUUGCUCUUGCACCACAAAUAUUUACUAUUUGUACCCAAUGAAGCCAUUAAAAGUACAUUCUUCAUAAGGGCAUGCUAGCCACCGGAUGUGGCUUAACACCAGCGCUGCAUGUGGCACAGUAACCCUUAGAAAUAUAUAUAUUGCCUAACAGUUUUUUUCUCAAUAUUGUUAAAUCAUGCGUAGCAAUGAGCGCAGUUGACCACAGGAAUCUUUCCCAUUAUGCCAAUGCAUGUUCUGGUAACCUUCUGAUAGCAAACUGUAUUGUUUUUAUUUCCUGCUGUGAAUAAUUGUCAGUGUGUCUUGCCAACAGUGUUCUUACAGAAAAACGAUGCUUUUCAAAAAAGGAGCUGAGAUUUUUAUUGUAUAAUCAUGCACCUUUUGAUAGAACCUAUGAGUUGGUCUGACUUUUGUUCAAUGUGUUUUUUUGGGGGGUCAAACGGACGUUUCCUUAUAAAAACUGAAAAUGACAAAAGAAUUUAUUCCAGAUUAGAUUACGUCAUCAAUCUGGUGUCAUUUAAUGAAGUCUGUAAUAUGCAUGGUUACUUGUUUCUAGAGUUUCAUGUUGUUGUGAGCGAUCCAUACGUAGGUUUCCUCGUGGUCUGUGAGACUUCAUUCACACGCAAGUUCAUUUACAGUCACGUAACAGAAGACAUGCACGAUGCAACGGAGUUAGUAAAACAGAUCUUCCAAGUGCUAUUACACAGUGGUUGAAAGCAAAUAUUAGGAGGGUGAAGUCAAUUUUUGCCUAAUUUAUUUACGGAUUAUCGAAUUAAACAUGAUAGCUGUACGUAGCCGCAGUACUCUUCAAAAACUGUAGUCAUAGAUUUGAGACACAAAAUGCACUACACAACAUAUGUAGUCAGAAAACAUGGCACAAAAUGCCUCGCAGUUGUCAUAUCUACAUACAGUACAAUAUAAAGAUAAUGUUGAAUUAAUUUCAACUUCUUCCAAGACUAUAAACGAGUCUAGUCCCAGACAAUACAUUAACACUGUGAUGUCAUUUCUGUGAUAGCUGAUGACGCCCUACGUUUAAGGUAUUGUUGUACAUGAGUAUAUUGUAAAUUUAAAGAGGUUAUCAGGCUUAAAUGUCUGUUGUUCAGUGUUAUCGGUGUGUUAAGGGUGGUAGCCAGUGUCAACUUGCACAACCUGUUAAUUUUCUUGAAACUACUGGGUUGGAUUUUUCCUUUAGUCUGAAUGAAAGAAAUGGUUAGCCUGAAUGUAGAAUACAUCCCAACGUCUUCACACUUUAACUGAAGCAAUGACUCUUGUUGUGGGAACAGGGUAUAUAUACCGCUCUAUGACAUCACAAUCUGUAUUAUGACACACAGGGAUUUAUUGUGCUUCGGUGACCUCAAGCCUUAUUUGAUAACGCUGACAAAAAAAAAAGAGUUGUUCGGGUCAGCAAUGUGUAACCUGUUCUCUGUUAGAGAAAAUUUAACAACACAUAUUGGAUUAGAACAAAGAAUGAGAGCAAUAUCACAUAAAUGAUACACGCGGCCCCAAUCCAUUUUGCCUGAUUGGUCAGACUGCUCUUCCCCAUUCUCGAUUCACAAGAUAUACAAACACUAUUGCAGUCUCACACGCUGCCAGCCUUCCUUACUGUCCUGUAAUUAAAUAUUUUUGUAUUGUUCUGUAUUGCACUUUCACAUGACUGUAUCAUUCAGUAAUUGUAUUUUUUUCAUGUACUCCUGAAGACAUGAUAUUAUCUCUGUUCUUAAAGUCUUUGAUCUGGAGUUUGUGUCACUGAUGUUGGGAAACAAUAUCUGUAUUGUGUAUACUCGUGCAAGACCGUCGGUCUUCUUGUCAUAUACAUGUACGUCCUGCCUGCCGACACUAUGGAGACAUAUCUGUAUAUAUUAAUCAAUAAUAUUUUUACUGCAUUUUUGUACAAAUAUUCAUGGUAGCCAUGUACGAGUAGUCGAGAUGAUUCUUUGUUAGUAUUAAAAAAGUUUGGUUUUAAAUCAACGGUGUGGUCUGAUGACUGAGGUGCCACUUUUCUUUUAAACAGCAAGGAGCUCCCUUCACAUUUUUCUUUAAUGUUUGGAUAAAGUUUUUUUCUAAAGCAUUUUAAGUGAACAAACUGUUAGCUUUGCAAUUAAAUAUUUUAAUAUGUUAGCAAAUUAUAGUUUUGUCUACAAAAUUAAUUCGGUCAUUAAGGUUUAUAAGUGACCCUAAACUUUUAAAGGGUGAUGUAAAUAAAUAAAUGAAAAAGAAAGGAACAAGUAAGGGGGGUUGGGUUAAAAUUACAAAUUCAUUUCACAUGAAUAAUAAUUAUUAUUAUAUAAAUAUAAAGAAUAAGGGGGAAUAAAAGGGAAAGAAAACAAGUGAAAAAAUCCCCGACUUCACCUCACUAAAAAAGCCUUUUAAGUAUUGUUAUUUGGAAAAAAUAGCACACAAAAGUCUUUUGUUUAGAUGCUCGCCGUUUCUCUUUUUAUUAUUCUUAGCACAAACCAAGUCGUACGGUUUCUAGGGCGAUGCUGACGUAAGGCCUGUCAGUCAAGUGUUCUCGCGCUACAUCUCAGCCAAUGAUGACAGACUACAAUAAGAUGCUUCAGUUGUUUUUACAGCAUCAUAUUUCUGACUCCCUCGUUAAAAGAGGCGCAACGACGUAGUCUACCGAAAAUGUAGUUCUGACUGAAAUUUAGUCCAAGUCAUGAUGUAAGCCACCAUAGUUUGGAAUGUCUCAGAAUACUUAUAUAAGUAUAAUACUUAUACUUGUGUAUUUUUAGACCGACCACACGGUAUCUUCAAGGUAAGACGGUAAGGUCAGAUUUUGAGACUUGAUUGUGACCAGUCCCUUUCUGAUGACAGAUUUUUGCGUCAAGGUCAUGUGCAAUGAUACGCUUUCUUUGUGGACAGCCAUCCUGCUUGGCAAAUAAUAUAAAGAUUUAAAGGCGAUUUCACUCAUGUUACAUAAGUGUCGUCAGUGCCCUCUUGUGGAGAGCCAUUAACACUACACGCUUAUUAGUGACCGCCAGUAGAAAGUUACAAUAGGUAAGACAUUUUAUUAAUUUUUUCCCCUUUUACACGUGUAAUAUUAAAAUGCAAACAAUAAUAAAUAUAUACACUUUGCUGUGUCCUCAUAAACACGUUUACCUCGAACCACAAUAAAUUGUCGAAUGGGCGUUUAGUUACACUCACCAAUAUUUUCGAGCAUUUUCUCUCACUCGCUCUCAUCUAAGACGUCAGUUUAAUAUAAAUGAAUAAAUAAAUGAUAAAUCUUUCCAAAUCCAUGCGAUUUGAGCCGUUUUAUUUAGGCUGACUGAAAAUGCAAUUUCACUAUUCUACCAGAAGAUGGCAAUGCACAGUAACAGAUGUUAAACGUGUUAAAUGCAUUUAAUGAGCGUUUUAAUUUUUGAAACAAAAUGUACAUUACAUUUCACUACAUUUAUGUUAUAGCGUUAAGACAAUAAACGCAUCUUCCUAUUGUACCCUAUUACAUAUCAUGUGAGCAAUAGUUAUCCCUUUGAAUUUACUUUUAGCUUUCUAAAUUUAAGCAUAUGACCAGAGCCAUUUGGCUAGUCAAAGUGAACAUGAUGUGUGUGUUCCAGUUCCAGGUUAGAAGGCCAAAGUACCUGCGUCACCGAUCGUUCUUGUUUUACAGCAUUGCUGAUAGCAGUGUGUUAGAUGCUGCGCCAGGCCAGGUUCCUGAGCAGUAUGGCCAGCUGUACCCAGGGAGCCCUCUCAGUUGGGCAGAGGAAUAGGUACAUGGAGUGGUAGCCACCUGCUCAAAGGAUUAGCCAAAACCACACAUGCUCCAGUCCCAGGAUCCACCAACAAAUACCAAUUGCUUUCCCAUUCGUGCCACGAAAACCAAGUUAUGAGCCUGACUGUUUGACCUCAGAAGAAUAUUGUCUAUUCUCAAUGACACAAACAUUUGUACAGUUUUAUUGACUUAUUACUGUCUUUAUGCUUCAAUCCUCGGUCUGGUUGAUUAUUCGUUUCUUUCCUGAAGGUAUUAAAAUGUGAAUGAAGCUCAGCUCAAGCUCUCUGAUCGAUGCACAACAUCGAUUCUGCUGCGUGAAUCUAAAAGCGUCUGUUUGUUUGUGCGGGAGUCAAGUUUUAAAUUGAGGAGAAGAAAUAUGCCACGACGCUUUUAGAAAGGGACGAGAGCGCUUGUUUGUGCUGAUGGGACGGAGGAAAACACAUAGGUAGCGGACAGAUGGAGGGACAAAUAGACAUGUAAGCGCAUGGAAAAGACAGAUGGAUCUAAAACACACACACACACACACACACACACACACACACACACACACACACACACACACACACACACACACACACACACACACACACACACACACCACACAC